CGAUUCCUUCCCCAAAUCCCUGCCCUGGCCCCGCCUCUUCCGCAGCUCCUCCCUUGAGCACACCACAUUCCCACUCCUCCCCUCUCCCUCCCGGAGCUUGCUACAGCUGUUUGGCUUGGCUUUCACUCCAGCAUAAAUGGUUCCCAUGAUGCUAAUCAAUUCAAAACAUUUCAAAGAUUAAUCACCUUCCUUGCCUCUUCUGCUCUAUUUGGGAAAAGAAGUUGCCCAUAUCUGUUGCGGGAGGGGUCAGGAUCCUUGUCUUGCUGCAGCUGCUCUCAGGGUAUCAGAGAGCAGCCAGGCUGUUUGCUGAAGCUGUUUCCAGUCACAGUCAUAGCCCCCAUUGCCCCUGGCAAUUUUAAGGAGUGAAAAAGCCAGGACUGCUGGAGUGAAGAGGAGAGGGUAGUUUGCCAGGUGCAUGCCUGUAUAAAAACCGUUAGGGUGGUCUGAGAAGAUGCACAGGAAACUUCAAACUCACUCUCCUAAAGAAGCAUUCCUGCUAUGAUCUCCACACAGCACCUGCCACGCCGCAACGAAAUUCAAAGAGCAAUGGACUGCCCAAGCAGAGAGAAGGAGCUUAAUGAACAGCAGUCUGAAUGUCAGGAUGAGUCUAAUUGCCCUGACUAUUCAGAAUCCAAUUCAGAAUCACCAAGAAUUCUUAAAAUACUGCAGAAGUGGAUUCCUACAGUUUCUCCCUAUUUUGACAAGGAGCAUUAUUGUUACGCAGAUCAUCAGAUCACUAUUCAAGAAUCAUUAGACCACUUCGGAGCUAUAGUAUGGCCCGGUGCAUUGGCUUUAUCUCAGUACCUGGAAUCAAAUCAACAAGAGAUCAACCUAAAAGACAAAAAGGUACUUGAAAUUGGUGCUGGAACAGGACUGGUAUCCAUUGUGGCUAGUAUACUAGGAGCUUAUGUUACAGCUACUGAUUUGCCUGAAGUACUUGAAAAUCUCAAACUGAAUAUUUCAAGAAAUACACAAAACAUGAAUAUACACCAACCUGAAGUGAGGAAGCUGGUGUGGGGAGAAGAUCUCAAUGAAGACUUCCCUAAAUCAACUCACCAUUAUGAUUUUAUUUUGGCAAGUGAUGUUGUCUACCACCAUACAUCCCUGGAUCCAUUACUAACAACAAUGGCAUAUUUAUGCCAGCCAGGGACAGUAUUAUUAUGGGCAAAUAAGUUCAGAUUCAGCACAGAUUUUGAAUUUGUAGAGAAACUUCGCAAUAUACUAAUUGUUACACUUCUAGCAGAAUUUCCAGAAUCAAAUAUCAAGCUGUUUAAAGCCACAGUAAAAGAGAAUUAAAACAAUACAGUCACAGUUCUGUUGCGCUUCAAAGUUUAUGAGCUUUUAGUUUUUAGUACAUAAUGCACACUAAGUGCAUUAAUGUCUAUAAACCUGUCCCUGAGUCUUUGAAUUUUGCACUUCAAUACACAUGAAAAAUUAAGAUGGAUGAUAAUAUCAGGACACUACUUAGUCUGAUUUUUCUCAUAAGCUUAUAUACAUGAUUUACUCAAGCAAAUCAAUUUAUUACCGCCAGAGGGUCCGCAGUAACACAAAACAACCAGAUAAAGUUCCAACAUUUCAAAUCAACUAUUAGAUCUAGCUAUACAGUAACUCCUCGCUUAACGUUGUCGUUAUGUUCCUGAAAAAUGCGACUUUAAGCGAAAUGAUGCUAUGCGAAUCCAAUUUCUCCAUAAGAAUUAAUGUAAAUAGCUGGGGUUAGGUUUCGGGGUAAUUUUUUUCACCAGACAAAAGACUAUAUAUUCCACAUAUAUACACACAUACACACCAUAUCCGUUUUAAACA